CUCUGUAUGAAACUGAGAUCAAACAUGAAGAGAGUAAAAACGUUCGAUCGGCUUGUGAAGGCUUGAUGAAAUUGACACAUAAUAGCUGUACAUUGUAUAUUAGCUGACAUGAUGGCAUUUAGUAUUUGUCACGAGGGAGGAUAGAAAAAAUAGAUAUCUGCCAUAAUAGUAACUACUAUAUUAGUAGUUUUUAAUAGACACAAAUUAAUAGCUUGCUAAAGCCAGUUGGUUUAGCGGCAAAAUAAACAAUUCCCAUACAUCAUGUCUCUUGAAAAGCGUUACCUUGCUUUGGAAGAAAGCAUUCGUAACCCUGCCAGUGUACUGCAUGUGGAUGGUUUACUGGAUGCAAUCACAUCCAUUUACAACGAUUGUGAUUUCCCAAAUAUACGGAAAGAAAAGAACUUUGAGAACUUUCUAAAUAGAUAUGGCCAGUCUGCUAAAAUGAUUCAAAAAAAUAGGGCAAAUGUUACAGAUUUCAAGCUUCUAAAAGUUAUUGGCCGUGGCGCCUUUGGGGAAGUACAAUUGGUUCGACACAAAGACACUAGACAAGUUUUUGCAAUGAAAUUACUAAGUAAAUUUGAAAUGAUAAAAAGGUCUGAUUCAGCAUUCUUUUGGGAAGAGCGUGAUAUUAUGGCACAUGCUAAUUCUGAAUGGAUUAUAGCUCUACAUUAUGCUUUUCAAGAUGAAAAGUUUUUGUAUAUGUUAAUGGACUACAUGCCAGGAGGGGAUCUUGUGAAUUUAAUGAGUAACUAUGAUAUUCCUGAAGUUUGGGCGAAAUUUUAUAUUGCUGAAGUUAUACUUGCAUUAGAUGCUAUCCACAAUAUGGGAUUUAUUCACAGAGAUGUAAAGCCUGACAAUAUGUUACUUGAUAAGAAUGGUCAUCUAAAACUUGGUGAUUUUGGUACAUGCAUGAAAAUGAAUAAGGAUGGUCUUGUAAGAUCAGACACAGCUGUAGGGACUCCAGAUUACAUAUCACCAGAGGUGUUAGCUUCUCAGGGAGGAGAAGGUAUAUACGGUAGAGAAUGUGACUACUGGUCAGUUGGUGUUUUUCUCUAUGAAAUGUUAGUUGGUGAGACUCCCUUUUUUGCUGAUUCUCUCGUCGGUACAUAUGGUAAAAUUAUGGAUCACAGAAACUCACUGCAGUUCCCUGAUGACAUUGAAAUAUCGGGUAAUGGAAAGAAGCUCAUUAUGGCCUUCCUAACUGAUCAUAAACACAGACUUGGUAGAAAUGGAAUAGCAGAAAUUAAAAAACAUAGAUUUUUUGUCACAGAUUUAUGGGAUUGGGAUACUAUACGAACAACUGUUGCUCCAGUUGUUCCAGAAUUGAGAGGAGACGAUGAUACGUCAAACUUUGAAGAUAUUAACGAGCCUGAUGGUACAAAUGAAAAUUUUGAGUUAACGAAGGCAUUUGCUGGUAACCAUCUUCCAUUUAUUGGAUUUACGUAUUCAAAACAUAAUCAAAUUUUAUCAAAAAACAGUUCCAGAGAUGCAGUUGUUAUAUCACCUACAAAUGAUAAUGAAAAGGUGAAGACUUUGGAAAUGGAAAACAAAAAACUGACGAAAGAAUUAACUACACUAAAAAGCUCUAAGGAGCAGUUCGAGAAUCAGAUAAAAACUUUAAAAGCUAAGCAAGUCAGACAGAGUAAAGAACUUGAUGAGGAGGCUGAAGCACGCAAGAAAGCCGAAGCACAGAAUCGUGAUCUAGAACGCGCAGCAGCGUUGUAUAAACACGAUAUGAAGGAAAGUCAACGUAAAGCUGAGUUUGAAGCCGACGCGAAACGGAAGUUAGAACUAAAAGCUCAAGAGCUUCAAUCCAAACUUGAUUCAGAUUAUGAUAUCAGAGAGGAAAGCAGUAAAUUACACCGACGGGUACAAGGUUUGGAAAAAGAAAAUCAUGAAUUAAAAGAAAAAUUGCAAACUGCAACUGAAACCACGAUGAAGCUAAAGAAAGCUGAAAAUGAUUUGAAAAAAGCUCAAACAGUUGCUGAGCACUCUAUAAAAGAAUUAAAUGAGAAGAAUAAAUUACUAGCAAAUUCCAAAGCAAAUGUUGAAAAGGAAUUAAUGAGAGCGCAAGUAUCACUAGAAGCCGAGAUAAAUUCGGUAAAACAUGCUAAAGACAUUCGACGGGAGUACGAGAAACAGAACCAGUCUUUAAAAGAUGAAGUUGAUCAACUGCGCAGCAAGUAUAAAAGUGAUACUACAGCCAUGCAGAAACUACAAGAUGAACUUAUAACACUAGAAAAAUCGAAAGCGAAUAUAGAAUUUGAGUAUAAACAAUUGCAGGGUAGAUAUGAUUCUAACAAAAAAACUUUUGAGAACCAACUGGCAAAACUGAAUGCUGAGAAAAAAGAGAAAAAGUUAUCAGAAAUACAAAUACUUGAAAAAGAAUCUGCUGACAUUCAACGAGAGAGAGACGAUCGCAUACGAGCCGAGUCAAAAGCUGCAAACUUAGAACGUCAAGUUAAUGUGUUAAACUUGGACUUGAAGAAUUUAAAACAAAAACUUUCUCGACUUGAGCAAGAUUACCAAGCCAGUCAACAUUCUGUUGAUAAUUUAAAAAGUGCGCUUGAUGACGAAGGCGAGCGACGAGCAAACAUCCAAUCAGAAUUAAACGCUGCCACAGCAGACUUGACAGUUUUAAAAACUCAAGAAAAACAAUUAAGAGCAGAUUGUGCACGAGUGUUGGAAGAAAAAAAGCAAGCUCAAGACUCCUUAACGAAACUUACUAGUGCAUCAGCUGUUGAUGAUAUGCAGAUGAAGGAUUUGCAAGAUCAACUGGAAGCACAACAAUACUUUUCGACGCUGUACAAGACGCAGGUGCGCGAGUUAAAAGAAGAAGUUGACGAGCGCACCAAGCAAACACAAGCUCUUCAAGGCGAUUUACAAAUUCUACAAGAAGAACGAGAUUCGUUGUCUGCACAGUUAGAAUUAGCACUUGCAAAAGCAGAAUCUGAAGAGUUAGCACGGUCCAUUGCAGAAGAGCAAAUAGCGGAUCUUGAGAAAGAAAAAACUAUGUUGGAACUUGAAGUAAAAGAUUUAAUUGCUAGACAUAAAAUGGAUUUGUCGGACAGAAGUAACCAAAUUAUACAGAUAGAAGACAAAGUUCGUUCGCUGGAACUUAGUAUAAAAAACAAAGAUAAUGAAAUCAAAGUAUUAGAAGAAAAUAUUGAACAAUUAAAAAUAGACGUUGAAAGUGCGAAGAAUGAUACGUCGAGUAAUAACGUCGAAGUUGAAGCUCUGAAGAAAACUCUAGCCAACGAAAAAACUUUAAAAAUACAAGCUGUAAAUAAAUUAGCCGAAAUUAUACAACGAAAAGAUGUAGGCAGUGGAAAAGGGAAGGGUAAUAAAGUAAGCUCUUCUGAAGUGAAAAAGAAAGAGAAAGAAAACCGAAAGUUACAACUCGAACUGCGGCAGGAAAAAGAAAAAUAUCAGCAGGCGGUAACUAAAUAUCAAGGUCAAGUGUACGAGCUGACAACGUCCAACACUGAUGCAAAAGAAGAGCUAGGUAAAGCAAAGAUGGAAGCAGAUUCCAAGGAUAUGACCAUUGAGCAACUUCAAGACCAAAUCGCUAGUUUAAAUGGUGAACUUACUGCAGUUAGAGCACUGGUACCUAGUGAUGCUGAUAGUAGUCUGCUGUUGCAGCAAUCAAAUUUCAAAUUAGAGGGCUGGCUGUCUAUACCAGAAAAGAAGAAUAAAAAACGUUAUGAUUGGAAGAAACAAUAUGUGGUGGUUAGUCGGAAGAAGAUAUUUUUUUAUAACAACGAACAAGAAAAAGCCGCAUCUAAUCCCUCCAUGAUAUUAGAUAUUAGCAAAUUAUUUCACGUACGAUCAGUUACGCAAGGUGACGUCAUCAGAGCCGAUGCAAAAGAUAUCCCAAAAAUAUUCCAGAUUUUAUACGCAAAUGAGGGCGAGAGCAAAAACCCAGAAGAGAAAACGGAACAAGAGCAAGCAGACGAUAAAGCUGGUUUCUCCAUACCGUUCAAAGAUCAUCAGUUUUAUAUUAUGCAUUAUCAUAUGCCAACCACUUGUGAUUUAUGUCCCAAAGCUAUGUGGAAUGUGAUAAAACCGCCACCCGCCCUGGAAUGCAGGCGGUGUCAUGUAAAAUGUCACAAAGAUCAUGUUGAUCGUGAAGAAAGUUGCAUACAAGAAUGCAAAGUUACUGUCGAUUACGCCACCGCUAAAGAUUUGUUAGUCUUGGCAAAUACAGUGGAAGAUCAAAAACAGUGGGUACAGAACCUGUCAAAAAAGGUCGUAAGGACGGCUGCAGGCCCACCUAAGAAAAGAAAUUUAGAAUCAGGUAUUGGUAGCAUAUCUAGAACACUUUCAACGAAAUCUAUGAAAGGGAAAGACAAGUCUUCUCAUCGAUCUACUUCUGUUACGUCACAACAUUCGAAUGCGUCGAACAGUAAGGAUUGAUUCCAAUGUAAUCGUAUAUCACGCAUCUCUUUUACAAAACAACUCCGAAGAAUACCAAUACAGCAUCUUACCCAGUGGACUGAUCAUGAACGUGCUCUAUCUUAGUUGAUUUUCUCUACAUAAAAUUAUCCUCGCAUAGCUGCCUUCAAUUGAGGUUUUAUUUGUAAUUCUUAUACACCAGAAUUUUUCUACCAUUUUUUACAUCUUUUAUAAAUGUUUGUACACAAGCGCUAGGUCAAAUUUUUGGUCUUUGUAUACAAGCAAGAAAAAUUAUCGGAAAAGAGGAAAACAAACACUCCUUUUUGGUUAUUUUCGGCAUCUACGAGGAGAGUCCAUGUGAGUUUUUUUACAUCAUGAAUUUGCUAUCAUUCAUAGUUAACACGUAGUGGGUUUUUUAGGACGUUUUCUCUACUGUAUGAUAUUGUGGGAAAUCUGAGUAAUUUAUUAGCUUUUUUAAAUUCCAUCCCGCGUACGUAUAUUGUGUAAAAUAAUUAAUUGUUAGUUUGUUUUUGUUUUUGUUGCUCUGAUUAUAGAUUCAGAUAUUAUCUUAUAAACUCUCCUUCGCUGAUAGAAGAGUGCAUAUCUAGUGUGAUGAAAGUUAGGUUAUUUUUUAUUGUAUUAAACUCUGCGGUGAUGAAAUUAUCGACGUGCGCUAAACAGAUCUUAUUUUAUAAAACAUAGAUAAAGAAACCAUUUUAUCGACUUUGCUCAUCGUUAAGAGGUAUGUGCUGAAAUAUCGUAUUCAGCACUAAACCUCUAUGUAAAAUGUACUGAAAAUAAAAAAAGUUAUUUGUAGUUAAA